GAAGUUGUCCUGAAAAUGGCGGCGCCAAUCAGAAAGCGUCGUUCUCCUCGAAGCUGACGCACACGCACGACAGGUAGGUUUUCCCUCUUUAAUGCCGCAUGUGUUCGAGGGCGGUUGUUUCUCCCGUUUAAUGUCAUGUAUCCCGCUGUCAAAAUUUCGUGUCGUGCGAACUGGUGCUCGAACUGGUACUCGUUACGAUAAACGUGUUAUAUGUUAACGUCACUCGGACUCGGUAGAGAUGGUGAAUGUAGAUACCAUACGAAGGAAUUAUCCGCUCCACUGGCUCGUCUGGCAUAACAGCUAUGCCGAACUCGACAAGGAACUGUCGACAAAUAAGUAUGACAUAGAAAAACAUGAUAAUCGAGGAAGAACACCAUUGAUGCUAGCGGUAACUUUAGGUCAUAUAGAUUCUGCUGUAGUAUUGUUACAGCAUGAAGCCAACGUUAAUACAGAAAACAUUCAAGGAUGGACUGUGGUUCAAGAAGCAGUUGGCACAGGAAAUCCUGAAUUGCUGCAACUGAUACUUGCUAGGAGAGAUUAUCAAAGGUAUUGCAAUCGAGUGGCUGGUAUACCUGAGCUACUUCACAAACUUAAGCAGGCGCCUGAUUUUUAUGUAGAAAUGAAAUGGGAAUUUACUAGUUGGGUUCCUCUCGUAUCUCGGAUGUGUCCAAGUGAUACGUAUAAGAUUUAUAAACAAGGUAGUAAUGUGAGGAUUGAUACUACUUUAUUAGGCUUUGAUCACGCAAAUUGGCAACGUGGUAAUCGAAGCUAUGUUUUCAAGGGACAAAAUGAUGGGGCAACAAUGAUGGAGGUAGAUCACGAAACAAGAAAAGUUUACGUUGAACAUAUGAAACUUAUAGCAGAUGAUAGUAUACAAUUAAUGGAACCAUCUGAAGAAGGCGUGAUAGCUCGGCUUACUAAUCCUAUAGUAACAACAUACAUAGAUACAGAUAAAAUUAGUUUUGAACGCAAUAAAGCAGGUUUAUGGGGAUGGCGUUCUGACAAAAGUGAAAUAAUAAAUGGUCACGAGUGUAAAGUUUUUAGCGCAAGUAAUGUGGAAUUAAUAACUAAAACCCGAUUAGAACACUUAUCUGAAGCAGAUAAAGCAAGAGCUCGGGCACCGAGAACACCUUUACAAUCAUUUCUUGGUAUUGCAGAACAACAGCAGGAAAGUUGCAGCACUAUUGCCACAAGUGAAGAAUUUAAUAGUGUUGGCAAUUCUUCUAACAUUACUGCCGAGGAAUAUUUUGAUUCAGACAUUGAUUUAAAUGGAAGAGACAUAGGUAGACCAAAAGAAGUUAAUACAAAAAUACAAAAAUUUAAGGCAACUUUAUGGUUAAGUGAGGAUUAUCCAUUGAGUCUUCAAGAACAAAUCAUGCCAAUUGUAGAUUUGAUGGCUAUAUCUAGUUCCCAUUUUGCAAAAUUAAAAGAUUUUAUUCAAAUGCAACUUCCAGCUGGUUUUCCCGUUAAAAUUGAAAUUCCAUUGUUCCACAUUCUCAAUGCGAGAAUAACAUUUGGAAAUAUAUUUGGUUUAGAUCAAGAAGUACCGCAUGUUGCUCAUUUCCAAGAAACGAAUCGUAUAGCAUGUUUAGUUGAUGAUAUUUGUUUCGAAACACCUAGUGGAUAUGCCAAAUUAGGAGCGGAAGUUAGGACACAAUUUAGUAUUGAAGAAGAAGACGAUUUAUUACAAUUCGCUAUUCAGCAAAGUCUUUUAGAAGCUGGCAGUGAGCGUGACGAGGUCGAUAUAUGGGAAGCAUUAAGAGCGCAAAAACCAUCUAGACCAACUACACCUAAUAUGACCACCGAAGAAGAAAGGCAGCUGCAGAGAGCAAUUCAGGCUAGCCUAGUGUUAUAUCAAGAAACUACUGGCUCUACUGAAGGUACUGCGAACUCAGGUAUAAAUGAGAGCGAAGAUAGCGAUUCUCUUGAAGAUACUGCAGAACAAUUGAGAUUAGCAUUAAAACUUUCGGAGCAGCAACAAAUAGAAGAGGAACAACAGCGAUUGUUGGAGGAAGAAACAUUUCGUCAUGUGCUGGAGCUGUCUUUGACGGACAAGUAAAUUUCCAAAGUGUGUAAUAGUGAUAAAAACAAAUUUAUUACAGUAUACUUCCAAAAAAGUGAAAAUUCUUCCAGUCUCAUCAAGAAAUGGGACUGUACAAAAAAUCAUUUCCUAUAUUUCAUAGAUAUUGCAAAGUGCAUUAAGGAGUAAUAAUAUUGCUUACGAUAAACACUUGUUAAAGAUAUAAUUAAUACAAGUCAUGGAAAUAGUAUAGCGGUAGUUAAGCAAAUGAAUAAUUUAAAUUAUGUUAUUUAUUUCUUAGCUACAUUUUAUAUGAAACAAAAUUCUUUAAUACUAUAGACAUCUCAGCAGGUGCAUAAUGAAGUCUUGAAAAUUACAAUUGCUCUUUAAAAAUGAUACAGUCACUCGACAAACAAUCAAAUAGUGUUUGUGUAAAUCCUAUUAAUUGAAAGUAAAUAAUGUAAGUUACGAAUGUUAAUAUCUAGAAUAAAAUGGCAUGUAAUUCUCAA